GGAAGCUGGUGUCGGAUUUCACAGCAGAGACCGUGACUGCAAUGGUUGCCUUCACGAAAGCCGUGCCAAACUUGCCCAGGCUCUGAAAGCGGCUCGCCGUUCCUCAAAUGUACUUCACGGUUCUGGGCCGGCUCGGGGGUUUAAUGCCACUCGGAACUCGUGAGAGCCACCGCGUGCAGAUUUGAGAGUCAGGCAGAAAACUUUGUACCGCGGAGAAAUACAGCUGAACUUCCAGCAGCAGCCCGAGGGACCGGCAGGAGGAGGAGUCAACAGGUCCCAGUGGUGUAUUGUGCAGUCUGACCUGGUCCAUGUCCAAAGGCAAAGAGAACCCAGAUUGCUGAAACAGAGGGCCCACUACUAAAAGGCUGUAGUUGUUAUAGCUUGCCAUGGCCUUCCAAACCAAUGGGGACCAACUGAGCCCAGAAAGUAAGAAGGGCUCGUCCGAGCAAUCGAUGCGGGCCGUCCAGCAGCCGGAAGCCCAGUUGGCCGACCAGCACACCACUCAAUCAGUCUGAGCAGCAACACAAAGGGGCUGCUGGCGAGCAACGGAGACGGCGGCUGCAAAGAGGAGGCCCGUCCAAGGAGAAGAGCGUUGUCUUGGCCUCAUGCCAGCUGUUCAUUCCUGAGGAGCGCUCUGCAGUGGAAGAGUGAAUCCACGCUGCCCUGGAAGCACCACGUCCACAUUGCGAUCACCACUAUCACCGUUCCUGACCGCAGUCGUCAAAGUCACUUGUUCUUGACUCAACUUUCCUCCUGUCUCUUCCGCUCCCAUUCAUCUUGAAGAUAAGGAAUGGCCGUGCUGGUUUACAGCCUCCCCAACGCCUCUCGCAAAUAAGGCCUUUCAGCUUGUUGCACAAUACCAGAGAAAGGAAGGAUAAAACCCCUCUACAGUCCUCUUUUAUACUUCUACUGUGUCUCUCUCUUUUUUUAAAUCUUUGUUUCCUUAGUAACUCAACCCUCAACACACACAUUCACUAAACCAGCAGGAUUUUUCUUCUUCUUGGUGACAUCUACAGCAGCCAUUUUAAGGACACCAGCGCUCGAGUUUCAAAACCAUAAGGAGAUUAAUUUUUUUACUUCGCCUGGCCGUCUGGAAUAUCCACUCAUGCAGUGUCCCUAUGGGGGACUGAACCGGUACAGCAAUCCACACUGACUCCUCUUUGGCUCGGCUAGAUCUCGUCACGGUGGUUGUUCAUUGAGGUCCGUUUGUGACUGGAGGUGGACUGAGCCAUCAUGGCUGGGAAGGGCAACCCGCUGCCGGGCCCCCACCUAAACGGCUUCCCCAUGCCCACCUACUCCUACUUCUUCCCCCACAUGUUGGGGAGCCUGUCGCCUCCAGCCCUGGCAGGACUGCCUCUCAGUGGGUACAGCACCCCCUCACCAGCCACGAUAGAGACCCAGAGUACCAGCUCAGAGGAGAUAGUGCCAAGCCCGCCAUCACCUCCGCCGCCGCCCCGCGUCUACAAGCCCUGCUUUGUGUGCCAGGACAAGUCCUCGGGGUACCACUACGGUGUCAGCGCCUGUGAGGGCUGCAAGGGCUUUUUUCGGAGAAGCAUCCAGAAGAACAUGGUGUACACUUGUCACCGAGAGAAGAACUGCAUCAUCAACAAAGUCACCCGCAACCGCUGCCAGUACUGUCGGCUGCAGAAGUGCCUGGAAGUCGGGAUGUCCAAGGAGUCAGUAAGGAAUGACCGGAAUAAGAAGAAGAAGGAUGAGAAGAAACAGGAGUGCACCGAGAGCUACGUGCUGAGUCCCGACACGGAGCGGAUGAUCGACCGGGUUCGCAAGGCGCACAAGGAAACGUUCCCGUCUCUCUGCCAGCUGGGCAAAUACACUACGACUAACAGCUCAGAACGACGUGUGUCGUUGGACGUAGACUUGUGGGACAAGUUCAGUGAACUCUCCACCAAGUGCAUCAUCAAGACGGUGGAGUUUGCGAAGCAGCUGCCCGGUUUCACAACGCUUACCAUCGCUGACCAGAUCACGCUGCUCAAAGCCGCCUGUCUGGACAUCCUGAUACUCCGGAUCUGUACACGCUACACACCAGAGCAGGACACCAUGACUUUCUCAGAUGGACUCACGCUAAACCGAACCCAGAUGCACAAUGCCGGCUUCGGCCCCCUUACCGACCUGGUUUUUGCCUUUGCCAACCAGCUCCUUCCUCUGGAGAUGGAUGAUGCAGAGACGGGUCUGCUCAGCGCCAUCUGUCUGCUGUGUGGAGAUCGUCAGGACUUGGAACAGGCAGAGAAGGUGGACAUCCUGCAGGAGCCCCUCCUGGAGGCGUUGAAGAUUUACGUAAGGAGGAGGAGGCCCCACAAACCGCACAUGUUCCCCAAGAUGCUGAUGAAGAUCACUGAUCUGAGAAGCAUCAGCGCUAAAGGAGCUGAGCGUGUCAUCACCUUGAAGAUGGAGAUCCCCGGCUCCAUGCCCCCUCUCAUCCAGGAGAUGCUGGAGAACUCUGAGGGCUUGGAAAGCGGUGCCGCAGGCGGCCGGCCCAGUGGUGCCCCCCCGGGCAGCUGCAGCCCCAGUCUGUCCCCUAGCUCUGCCCAAAGCAGUCCAGCCACACAAUCGCCGUAGUAGCGGCCCUCCUUUUUAUUAUUCCUCACAGAGAGGAGGGGCAAAGGAGGGGGGCCUUGCCCCUGACUGCUGAACACGGGAGAGUGGCAGAGCCAACCUCCCUCCUCUCUUACGACACAAGUCCCCACCUCCUGCUUUCCCUCACUCUGGAGCACCUUCCUGAUGUGAGGGGAGGUGCGGCCGGGGCAGGCAGGGGCAAUAGUAUGCCUCUGAGAGACCACACCGUAAACACUGCUGAUGACUCCUCCCACGUCUCCCUCCACUCUCCCCUUCACUGCCCUCUCCACCUUUCCCCAAAAGACUUAUGGAAACAAAUCUGGAUGCAGUGGUGACCAGUUUCCAAUGGAACUGAGAAUGGGCGGGGCAUCGUGGGACAAAUAUAUGAUCAAGGACAAUGCAUACAGACUGACUUGACAAACACCAGACACUUUUUUUGUUGUACUCUGAGGCAGACUGCAAGCUUGGGACUUGUCAAAAGACCCCCUCCUCAAAGACUCUGGGUCUUUUCUCUUUUUCCAACUUCAAAAAAACAGAUUUCGUACAAAGGAUAUAUAAAUAUAUAUAGAAAGUUAAGGAAGUAUUGUGAUUGACAUGUCCAGAACCGAAUGGCAGGUUGAAAUGAGGACAUGUUUUCUGAGAUUAGAAAUUGUUGUAUUCCUCCACCGUUUGAAUCUUUUCAUACCCAUCGAGAGUAUUGAGACCUUUUAAGUUUGAUCACAUUUGUACAUUAUUCCAAUUAACAAAAAGCAAAAGAUGUUGAAAUUUCUCUCCAGUCUACACAUGCAAACACAAACAAACAAGACACACACACACACAAAUGUGCACAGAAAACAAGUUGCAAUGAGUAUCACCUAAUAUUCCAGGUUGGAUUUGUUUUCCUUUUUUGUUUUUGUUUUUUUUUGCUUCCAAGAGAAUGGAAAAAAAUGAUUGUAUGAACUUGGUUGUAUGGUAUGAUCACAGGUCCUUUCAAGAAAACAAAUUAAUGAAGAUUCAUUAUUAUUACGGUGUAUUUUAAGUAGCCUUUGAGUUUGUGUAUAUAAGCUUUAUUCAUUUCUUUAAAACUAUGAAGAGUUUUAGGCUUCACCUGAAUUUUUGUUUUUUUUUAAAAAGAUGCGCUUUUAUGUGUUUUGUUUAUAGGUUUGUGAUGCAAGAAAAUACAUUUUGAGCACAUUUUA